AGCUCUACGACCCCUGAAGGUCAUCCCUGUGCUUGAAAACUACAUGGUCUAGUCAUCGAGCAUGGACAUGGCCAAGAGGGUGAGGGCAGGAUGUGGGCCCAGGUUUCUUGGCCAGUCUCCCGUUAGAGGCUCCCGACCACCCUGGUUGGAGCAGAUCCUUCCUCUGCUCUCAUCUCUGGUGGUUUGGCAUUUAGGGUUCCUUGAUUGUAACUUGGGUCUCCUUUGGGGUUAGGACCGCCGCCUCUGCCUCUUUUCCCUUCUGGCGCCUGUUCCAUACACUCUGAAGCUCAGUAAACGCUGGAUCUCCCCCGCCACCCUCACCUUAAAUGGCCUGCCUAGGGUGCUGUGCAUGCCAGACCUGGGCGGGGGGCACCUGGAGUAUUUGCAACUCCUUAACUCCUGUCCCCUUCAGCUACUGGAGAUGGUGGGCCAGGAGGGGGUAUCACUGACCACGGUACUGACCAUCCACCACCAGGCAUUGGCCCUACUCCACCGUCUGCAUGGGCCACACUCAGGAAAUGCGGAGUGGCCAAGGCUGGUGGUGCUGGUGCUGGGUGACAAGCACAUAUGUGUGCUGACCCACAGACUGGCACAUGGCAAGGAGCUCCUGGUGAGCACACACCUGGGAUGCCUACCUCACCCAGCUGAUCCUCUGCAGCAGUUUGGGGCCAUCCACAUGUGCUACUUCCUGUGGGAAGAUGAGCGUCCCAAUGUGCCUGCUGUGUUCUCCAGGAACUUGCUGUCUGUGGCUGGCUGCAGUUGGCACCUGGAGAGCAUGGCUCAGCAGAUAUACCAGAGCCUGUUGGAGACCCUGGGCACCCUGCCCCGAGAGAUGUUGUGCGCCUCAAGCGCCUUUCUCCAGGAGGUGUUCUGUGGCCAUGAGCACACACUGGACAACCUCAAGUUUGUGGAGCCCUGCAAUGUCCAUGUGAGGGCCGGAGGGUGGGAGGACUAGAACCCAGGGCCAGCCCACUUUUCUUGGGGUCUCCCUGGUAGGCAUUUGGACAUGGAGGGAGGUGUCCAGGGAACGGUUGUUAUUGGGCUGACUGGCACUGAGGAGAAGCUGCUCCUUAAGUGUCUUCUGCCAGCACCUGCCCAGCAGUCCCCCUUUGAGCUCCUAUGGCGCAGAGAGGAGUCUGUGAGCAAAUUGGCUGGGAAGGUGGUCCUGGGUGUGCUCUGCAGGAAGUGGGAGAACUGAGCAGGUGGGUGGCUGAGCCAUUGCAGUCAGUCCCAGGCCCUCCUGGUGCUGCAGUGGGGGGCUCUUGAGCACACCUUAACCAAAGUGAAUCUCCAUGGAUCUGCUAUGGAGUUAAGAAGCAAGUCCCAGCCCCACCCAACUGGCUGCCCAGCCAUGGAGAGUGGGCACUCUGGUACUUCCUGGUGCUGGACACGUGGGCCCCUCUCUGUGGCGCACUUGAGCCCUGAGACCUGAAUGUUUGGAAAACAGUCUAGCAGGGUGCACAGGGCUUUUGAACGCACAGGGCUUUUAAACUUUAAAACUUUUUUUUUUUAAAAUAUAUCUUUAUUGAUUUCAGAG